AACCUAAAUUCGCAAUCAUCAUCGUCGUGGAAAAAAUUAUUUUACAAAUUCAAUUUUCUGAUUUUCACUGUCAAUUAAUACAAAUUGAAACAGUAGUGAAUAUUUUUCUUUAUUUAUAAACUUAAUUUUUGCAACAAAAAAAAAGUGACAUAAAAAAAAAAGUUUUUGCAUCAAGUAAACACAUGGAAUCGGAUCUAAAAAAAAAGUCAAUGAAUAACAUGAAUAAUUAAAAAAAAAAAUCCAGGGAAUGGAGUGUUCUGUGAUGAGUGCGCUUUUUAUCUGGAGUUGUGGUGAUUAUAAUAAAAGAAUCGUUGAUCGUUGUUAUUAUUAUCGAGCUGAGGGAACAAGAAUUGCGGCACGCGUGUGGCCUCCAUAUUGCGUAAGGCCCUUGUUGGCCCGUCAAAAAUGUUGAGUUGCGGCAAAGUCAUUGGACAAUUAUCAAAAAUAACGAGGCACGUACACAGCAAACAUCUUCGGGGAACAACAAAAUAUGUCGGAACAAAAAAUAGCAUUGUGUGUAAUUACAAUACAUACAGUGCAACUUUUCCAAUAGGAAUCGUUAAUAUUCAUUCGACGAGAUUUAAUAGUACAAAAGAUAGAAGACCGUAUCGGUUUUCGGGUGUCACUUUGAAAGCAGAGGAAUGCGUGCCUUCGGCAAAACCGGAACUGAAAAAGAAAUUCGCAGGACCAGCUUGUGAACUUGGUCCGGAUCCAUCGUGUCCAACGACAUGUCCAGCUGCCACUUGUCCCGUGAAUCCGGGAAAUAAUAACGGAGGCAAAAGACCCUUUCAAUAUUGGAAAGAACUUCUCAUUGCCUUUCUUCUCACCGGAGUUGUCAUUUUUUCGUUUUCACAAUUAGGAAACAAGAAAAAAACACCAACGGGAGGGAAGGACGGUGAAUCGGACAAAAAGAGAAGAAAAGUAGUGAAAUACCCUAAGAAAUCUAGUUUAAUUCCAAAGGAGGUGCCGUAUUUGUUAAUAGGAGGUGGUCCGGCGUCAUUUUCAGCGUUUAGAUCAAUUAAAUCGAACGAUCCCAAAGCGAAAUGUUUAAUUAUUACGGAGGAAAGUUACAAUCCGUAUAUGAAACCGCCAUUAUCGAAGGAAGUUUGGUACGAUAAGGACAGAAUGAGUUCGACGCAAUUUAAUUUUAAACAAUGGCACGGUACUCCUCGAAGCUUUUUCUACGAGCCAGCGGAAUUUUUCACGCCAAUCGAAAAAUUGUCCGAAUUCGAGAAUGGAGGAGUCUCAGUUGCCACUGGCUGGAAAGUGGAUAAAAUUGAUGUAAUUAAUAAAAUCGCAACCCUCCACGAUGGCUAUCAGAUUAAAUUUGAAAAGUGCCUCUUGGCAACUGGUUCAACACCGAAGAAUCUCGAAAUAUUUGAAUCGGCCGACGAGAAAGUUACCUCGAAAGUUCUCCCCUACAGAACGUUGGACGAUUUUCUUGAACUCGAGAAUAAUGUCCACGAUCCAAAUGUGAGAAAUAUUGUUAUUAUUGGCGGGGGUUUUCUUGGUUCCGAGCUCGCUUGUUCCCUGGCUCAAAAUUUCGAAUCCGAUCAAAAGAGAGUUAUUCAAAUUUGUAAGGAAAAGAAUAUGAUGGCUCAAGUAUUACCUGAUUAUUUAUGCGAGUGGACGACGAAUAAGGCAAAGUCAAUUGGCGUUAAUUUCAUCGGCAACACGGAAGUCCAGGACUUUGAGAUGCGCGAUGGAAAAUUAACACUCAUCACGUCGGAAAAUAAAAAGGUGGACGCCGAUCAGGUGAUAGUCGCAGUGGGCGCGAGAGCAAAUACAGAUUUGGCGACAGUCUCCGAAUUAGAAACAGAACCGGAAGUCGGUGGUUUCCUCGUGAAUGCGGAAUUAGAGGCGAGAAGUAAUUUAUGGGUCGCCGGCGAUGCGGCCUGUUUUUAUGACAUUAAAUUCGGAAGAAGACGAGUUGAGCACUAUGAUCAUGCAAUUAUUUCCGGACGAUUGGCCGGCGAGAAUAUGACGGGCGCAAGAAAACCCUAUAAACACCAAUCGAUGUUUUGGUCAGAUCUGGGAUUGGACAUUGGUUACGAGGCGAUUGGAAUAGUUGACUCGAAAUUGCCCACAGUCUCUGUGUUUCUUAAGAAGGACGAGAAGAAGCAAAAGGAUGAGGACGAAAAGAAUGUCGAUGACAAUAAAUCAAUUGAUGACAAUAAGUCAAUUGAUGUCAAUAGCUCAAAAAUUGAAAUAAGUGAACCAUUGAAUUUAAAGAAGGAGACAAUUAAAGAAAUUCCCCUCAACAAUACAGAAAGUAACGAUGAAAAGUGCGACGAACCAGAGGAAGCGACGAGAAAAAAUUACGAUCUCGAGAAGGGAAUUAUUUUCUAUCUCAAGAACGAUACUGUCGUUGGAAUCGUUCUCUGGAACGUUUUUAAUCGAAUGUCGAUAGCGCGACAGGUUCUGGAGAGAGGCACAAAAUACGAGGAACUGUCGGAAAUAUCAAAAUUAUUCACAAUGCACGAAGAUUAGAAAAAGUCUACGAAUUUUUGGGAAAAAGUGAAGAAUUGGUUCUUGUAAAUACUCGAAGAAAUUGAUUGAAUAGAAAAACCUCUGUGAGGGUCAAGGAAAGGAAAUUUUUUCUUACAGAAAGGAGACAUUGUUUUUAAAGGCAAACCAAAAAGAACUCAAGAGAAGGAGCGGAAAUGAAGAGGAAGGAGAAAAAGAGUGGCAUUUUCCGAAGCAUUUAAUUCCAAUUAAAAGAACCGAACCUGUGCUUUAUUAGAAAAUAAUGAAUAAAACUUCGAUAAAUUUUCACCCGCGUAAGUAACGCUUCUUUUUUUUUAUUUUUUCAGCUUUUACAUAUAUAAAGAUGUGUAUUUUCAAUUAUUUUUAAUGAAUCUGUACAAACAACGGAAUUGAAGAAACAACAAUUAAUUUAAGAAAUUAACAAACGUUUGAAUACAAUUUUUUUACUUCGGCUCGGGAAAAUUUAAUUUCCGUUGUGAGAGUAUUGGUAGAAGUUUACCGCUGUAGCGUUUACCCAGUCUGUCCAUGUAUCCGAUUUGACUGUGACAUCGGUAGUCUUCUAGAAUCUAAGCGAAUGUCUUUUUGUACAUACGUUCUUUAUUUUUUUUCUUGAGUAUUAAAAAAUGUCAGAUUUCCAAGUUUAGAAGAAA